AAAGGGUCAAGAAGAGAGCUUCUGAAGAGAGAGAUGGCUUCCAUGGUGUCACCGACCACUUGCUUAUACCUCCAUAAACACCGGAUAAAGCUUCCCUCCGAUGGUCGUCGUCUUCGUAUAACCGCUUCGAUACCAGACUCUUCAGAUGAAAAACAUCCCAAGUUAAUUGCUCGAAGAGAGAUGAUUCUCAGGAGCAGUGAACUAGCAAUGAUCGGAGCCAUUUUCCAGCUCAGUGGGAAGAAACCAGAUUAUAUUGGAGUACAGAAGAACGAGAGAUUGGCUCUAUGUCCUGCUACAAACAACUGUAUAUCUACUUCUGAGAGUGUCAGCGAUCGAGUCCACUAUGCUCCACCAUGGAACUAUAAUGGUGGAAGGAAGACGCCUGUGAGUAGAGAAGUUGCAAUGAAGGAGCUUGUCAAUGUGAUUAAGUCGACGAAGCCUGACAAGUUUACUCCUCGGAUUGUGGAGAAGAAGGAUGACUAUGUUCAUGUCGAGUAUGAAAGUCCAAUCUUAGGUUUGGUAGAUGAUGUUGAGUUCUUGUUCUCUCCUGGGAAGAACUCGACGGUGGAGUAUCGGUCUGCAUCACGUAAAGGGAACUUCGACUUUGAUGUGAACAGAAAGCGAAUCAAGGCAUUGCGACAGGAGCUGGAGAAAAAGGGAUGGGAAUCAGAGAACAGCUUCUGAUUAUGAUUCUAUUCUUGUUAUUCAAUUAAGAUUUUUCAAGACUCGAAUGUUAUUAAAAACUCUUCAAAAGAACUUCUGUCAUAAAUAAGAGAGGUUAACACAAGGAAACUUCAAA